AUGGAACGCGAAGUGAACAACAAUCCUGAUGUAUCACCGGGAAAAAAUCCGUUUUCAAUCGAAACACUCCUGCUCAAGAAGGAAGAUAAGGUACGGUAUCCUGGGGAAAACCGCAAUAUGGCACCAUGGCACAUACCGGCGCCGACUAUAAUACCAGGCGAGGAAAAAUUUGAGGGGGAUAAGAAAAAGAGGCCAAGAACCGCCUUCACGUCAUCCCAAAUCAAAGCUCUUGAAACUGAAUUUGAACACAACAAAUAUCUUUCUGUCGCUAAAAGAAGCCAACUUUCAAAAACACUUAAAUUGACGGAAACACAGAUAAAGAUUUGGUUUCAAAACAGAAGGACAAAAUGGAAACGCAAAUACACUAACGACUUGGAACUUCUGGCACAGCAGUACUACAGCAAUUUAGGCGUUAGUGCAUCGCGACCAAUUUUCAUUGGAGAUCGAUUAUGGUUUUUUAACUGUCCCGGUGGGUCUUCGGUUGGAGGAAUUCUGCCACCCCCUUUCCUACCCCACGCACAACCUUUGGCCAGUAACUUAAUCCACCAGUCACCUUUUUCUGACUUCCCUUCUGUUCUGCCCCAACUGGAUAUACCGCCUUUACCAUCAAGUCCGAGAUAGUUUGGUCAAUUGGAUGUUUUUCUUCAAUUUAUUGAUUUGGUUGAUAUUUUUCCACUAACGUUGAGGUGGAUUUGCGUUUUUGAGAAUAAGCUGGAUAUACAUAUUAUUAUUAUUAUUAUUGAUAGCGAUUUCCCUUUGUUAAUAAUUUAAGUAUUUAAUUAAACCGAAAAACAAUUGUAGA